UUGGUCGUAGCCGUUGGUAGUGUGUAGUGUAGUACAUGCUAUAGGUACUGCAAAAAUGCGUCCCUGGAACGUUAGUUUCGUUGUAAAAUGUGAAAGACAAAUUAUAUCAAUUGACAACAUUGAUUGUUGCGUUUUGUGACUGCUUCGGACAAACAGAUAAUAUAACUUAUUGUAACGGUCAACAACUAUAGCGGUUAAUAUUUUCAAAACAUCUGGACGGCUGGAAAUACUGCUUUGACUUACGUUGAACGAUUAUGUUUUCGUGAAAUUCUGAUUAUUUUCAAUAAAUACGUGACAUAAUGUCAAUGUGUGUAUCAUUAUGGGGUAUUUCUUCUUUUCUAUAAAAGAAACACGUUUCGUAACUUCUUUACGGGUGUUUAACAAACGGAUGUCUGUUAAAUCCUGAAGAAAAAUUUGGAGGUGUCAUAAACUCAUAAUAACAGGACUGUAAAUAAAAUAUUAAAAUUAGUAUACACAACACACAAAUGAACGGGCAAUUUUAUGUUGAUCGUAGUGUGCAGUGAUCUUUUGUUAUCGAGGUGGACGGAUGUGGGUUACCAAUGGCGCUAAAUGGUUGUUCGAGCGGGCUGGUGGUGACGGCGGUGGUGGCGCUCCUGCUGCUGCCCGCGCAGUACUACGUGCCCGACCUGUACGCGGGCGUGGAGGACCCGCUGGCCGGCGCCGAGCAGCCCGAGACUCCCACCGGCGCCUUCGGCUGGUUCGAUCUGGCGUUCGUUCACUUGCCACCGCUUGACCUGUUCGUCACAGUGACCUUACUCAUACUAGGAUUGUUAACAUAUCUUUGCGAGUGGAUACAGAGAAAGCUGAUGGAAAGAAGAAUUGUAAAGCUGAACCAGUACCUGGGCGCCAGCGUGGAGCGGCUGCGCGCGUGGGACGCGCAGCAGGAGCAGCUCGAGGUCACGCUCAAGAUGGUGCAGAACGCCACGUCGGAGUACAACCUGCUGCUGUACCUGCUGCUGCGCCAGCACCGCUGCCUGGCCGGGCACAACGGCCCGCCCUCCAACUGCUUCUUCGACAAAGGUCUCGAAGAAGACCUCCCUUUUUUAAGGAAUCCCACGCUCGACGCGUAACGCACGCCUCCUCGCGUUUAUUAUUUAAUAAUUAUAGUGUUGAGUUGUUUACGCUGUUUUUCAGUAUUACGUUUGAGUAGGUAUACCCGUGUCACGCCACGGGUGACAAUUUACAGAGUCGUGGAGAGUGUCGUCCGAGGCGCAGCUGUCUGCAGGCAGCAGCUCCGAGCUGCGAGCACAUGCCAGCUGUGGCCGCAUCUCCGUUUACACAAAGCCACCGAAACACCAAACUCCUGUAAGAAGUGAUGGGAGAUAGGCAGUCUAAAACGUCUGUCGUUGCUAUCAUUAUAAAAAAUCGAAAUCAUUUCGUCAAAUAGCUGCUCUACGUACAAUACGAGAUGAGACAGACGCCAAAACAGAAUCUUUACAGAGGAUCACAAAGAGCCACAGUAGGUUCUUGGGCCUUGAUUUUGCAAAUUUAACUUAUAGUCCCCAAGCCGGCGAACAAAUUUUUUUUUGACUUUGUGAGUGCCUUUCUUACGAUGAGUCCGACAAACUUUUCUAAUGCGCAAAGUUUGGCGCUGCUGCGUUUUUGAAUGCUUGACUGCUGGAAUUGUCGAUAUGACGUCACUGUUCCUCGUACAUACAGUUUCUAUUUUUUGCAAUAUGUUUAAUAAAGUUGCUUUCAAUAUUGUGGUCUACUUAUCCGACAAAGAUCAUGCUACGUAUGAAGAGUCCACCAUCCGGAACAUAUAUGUCGAUAUGAUGUCAUUGUUCCUCUUCGUACACACAUCAAAAAAAGUUUGCGAUCACUUCGAAAAACUAAAUCUUUUUUGUUACUGUAGAUCUCCUGUAGAUUAUAUUAUGAUUUUUUCUUCUAUUUAGAUUCUUUAUUUAAAAAUAAAGAAUUAGAACAUAAAACAAUGACCCCGUUCAAUUGUUUUUUCAUAUAAAAAGGCUUUCAGUCCUAACUUACGCUCAUUCAGAAUUCUGAUUUUGUCAAUUAUAAACGAUUCAAGAUAUUUUUCGCGGAAAGUUGUGAUUGAAAAAAUGCCAAGAGGAAGAUCAGAGGUUUUACGAGCCAGGGGCCCGAUUCUCCUAAUUUUACUUAAGCGACCUUCGAUUGACGUUCGACUCGAUUCGACUGAGAUCCAAUCCCGACUCGAUUACGAUUGAAGCGUAUGUGGCAUUCCGGUAUUUUUUCUUUGAAAUAAACGUUUUUAUCCUUUUCUGUCAUUCAAUAAUGAAUCAUUUUGUCUGUAAAUGAUUUACGAUUGCAAUAUGAUUGUAGAGCAAACUACCGUAUAGACCAAAAUCUUCAAAAUAGCAGACCAAUCGCACACCAAUCAAAUGUCAAUCGAAUACGAUUGGUCUUUUAUUAGUAGCAGAAUGCCCGAUAUGGUUAAAACUGCCAUUACGAUCAUAUUGCGAUUCGAUUUCUAUUCGAUUUUGACAUUAUUAACUUAGGAGAAUCGGGGCCCAGAAUAGUAACUUUGAGGAAAGAGGUAUCACGGAAUGGGGAAUUUAGCUGACCGACCCUGCAGCGGUCGCCCCACUGUUUUGACAGCUGCCCUAAAGCGCUAUAUUAGAUAGCUGGCAGCCCAUGAUCUAACAAUCAAUGCCACUAAAAUAAAAGCAGAAGUCAGGAUCGCCUCUGGGCUUGAAGUUAGCACGCAGACCGUUCGCUAUUGCUUGCACCAGGCUGGAUAACGAGCACGGAGGUCUUGGCGAGCUCCGCUCAAUUCCCGGCAACGUCAACAACGAAGAUUGCAGUGGGCUAGACUUCGGCAAAAUGAAGAAGGUGAGGACGAAAACAUUUGGCAAAACUGUCUGUUCGUUGACGAAUCCCGAAUCAGCACUCAUCCAGCUAACCGACGUGUCCGUGUCUGGACAAGACCAGGCGACCGUGAAAGACAAAGAACUGCCACUGGAACAGUUCAGCAAGGCGGAAAAUCGAUAUCCUUUUGGGGUGGCAUUGUGAUUGGAGCUAGAACGCCUUUGAUCCCGUAUCGGGGCUUCAUGACAGCAGACAUGUACAAAGUAGUUGCUAUUGAUGAUAUCGUCAGACCAUUCCGAGUAAACCAUGGGCACUCAACGAGUCAAUGCUGCUCUUCAAGAAUACGAUAUCACACGAUUAGACUGGCCUGCCGGCUCGCCCGACUUAAGCCCAAUAGAGCACGCAUGAGAUGCUCUUAAACGAGCAGUAUGGAACCGUGAGCCACGUCCCCAGACAGUUCCAGAGCUCAGGGAAGCUGCUAUUGAUGAAUGGUAUAGGUUACCCCACGAAAUGCUGCAUAACUUGUCCUCAGCAUGCCCAGGAGGAUAUUCGCAUGUGUUCGAGCCAGGA